AUGCCCAACCCCUCAUUUUCAACGGCUUCCCUCGCUCUGCUUCCUCGCCCUCUCUUCAUAUCAUCGGAGCUGGAUUGCAAAAUGUGGUUUUCGCCAAACCCACGGCUGUUGCCUGGGUUGUUAGUUUAUCUGUCAGCAUGCCGGCUUUGUCUGGCUGUUGUUUUCACCAAUUCCGAUUUCUCGAUCCAACCGAACAAAGCAUUCAAUUUAAAAUGGGACCAAAACGAAGGACCUGUCACCCUGAGUGUGGUAACUAGCACGUCAGAUAAUGCCCAGCAGGUAGUCACCAUAGCGGAACUCGCCCUAGGAAGCUCGCGUUACUGGACUCCGAGCAGCAGUCUGCAGACGGGAACAUAUUAUUUCAGAAUCAAGGAUGAAGUGACAGGGGAGGUCAAUUACUCUCCAGAAUGGAAGUACUCGACAACCAGCAGCUCCUCAGAUUCGUCUCCUCAAACAAGCUCAAGAACCACCUUGGCAGCUUCGCGUAGCUCAAGUGAUGCAUCCAACAUCAUCCAACAGGCCUCAACGAGCCGUUCGACAGGAACUUUCUCAACCUCUACAAGGUCGUCAUUAUCAACCAGUAUAGUAGUACCUGCGGGAACUGGCGCAGACGACGACCAAGCAAGCAGUACUAGCAAUCCCACAUCAGAGACACCUUCUUCGGGUCUUUCGACAGGGGCGAAGGCAGGGAUCGGCGUCGGCGCGGGCCUUGGUGGGAUUCUCCUGUUAGCUGCCGUCGCGUUUCUAUUCUACAGGAAGGGCAAGUCGCGUGCCGAGAGACAGAACGCGUCAGUGACACAUGGCCAGGAUCCUCCAGCGAGCCAGGAACCAAGAUCACCGGCGACGCAUCGAUCUUACCCGGAGCUGGGCGUUACAGAUGAGAAGCCGAUACCUGAAAUUGCUGGGAUGCCAAUUGCCGAAGUUCCUGGCGCUAAUGUUCAUGUUAAUCCCAAAACUCGAAGCAAGUUUGUUGAGCUGCCAUAA